AUCGUCCAGGACAAACACCGGCAGCCAGCAAGGCGUGGAAGCAGUUUGGAACCGAAAGCAGCUCAUGGCGGAUCUAUUUUGCCUGCUCAGGAGCUCAAUGACUCAUCGAAGCGCAGACCCAGUUCGAUUUCUCCGGACCUGCGGGGCCCUGAAAGGACGGACCAAUCGCGAUCAUUAACGCCUAGCUACAGCACGGCUGAAACAGAUGGAUCGAUUCCACCUCCUCGGGAACACAUUAUCUAUGGAGUGGUGGAGGCACAGGCGGAACUGGCACUGAAUCCUGAUGGGCCCACUGAGCUUGAAAAUGUAAGGGCAGGCCACAAGAAAUUAAAAAAGCCCAUCAAAACUGUGACAAAUCCGCUAGAGACUACAGAAUCUACUGGAACUAUUUCAACUGCUCGUGAGCUCGCUGACACAUCGAACCCGACCAAAUGUAGACCCAACUCGCUGCCCCUGGACCUUGAAAAGGGCGACAAAUUGCGGACUUCAAGAAGUAGACGAACCUUGAAACUUGAUACGGAAACUGAAGCGACUGCUCAGGAGCCCAAUGUCUCAUAUAAGGAAAUACCCAACUGGCUUUCUCUGGAUCUCCCUGACCCCAAAAAGUUGCAUGAAUUGCGGUCUUCAAAGCGUAUAUCCAAUUCGCUUCUUUUGGACGUACCUGGGCUUGAAAAUGCACACAAAUCUGGAUCAUCAAAACCUAGAGAUACCUCGCUUAAUGCUGACGGCCCUCAACCGCCUCCUCGAGAGGCUAACACAGAUAUUAAGAAGGUAUGCUGUAAAAAUAGGUAUCAAAAUAAAAAAUCUAUCCUUCAGACGAAGCAAACACGUAAAAUUAAGCGUAAACCCAGCUGCACAGGCGGUCCAGAGCAAGAAGCCACUCAUGAUGGAGAUAUUUCGCCUGCUCGAGAGCACACUAACCAUGGAUCUUCGGGGUCUUUUCUUGAUCGCCAGGAAGAAAAAUCGCCAGAGCUGGCACCGACUCUUGGUGAACCCAACAUUGAGCUUAAAAAAGCGGACCAAUCGGGACCAUUAAAGUCUAGCCAAAGCUCGGUUUUAGCUGGUAGCAAACCGCAGGCGUCUCCAGACGAACACAUUCCGCCAUUGACUCCCGAAGAAUCUACUACAUCCAGCCCUGAGUUUUCAAUGAGUCUGGCGGAGUUAUCGCAUUCAUUGAAGCAUGCAAAUAAAGACAGACCGCGCUCUAGCAUCGUCAAAAGGCGUCACGACACCCUGAAAUCUGGCUGGAAAAGUAAAGAACUUAUGGAUUCGCUUGACGAUUUGCCCUUGUCUGAAUUGCGGAAACAAAUAUUAUUUGACCAAAAUGCCACUGAAGCAGAGGGAAGAAAACCUGAAAAUAUUGAAAACCAUAGUGCCAAGAGUCCCGUAUCUCCAGGGUCAGUUAAGCGUAAAUCACCGACUGAACCAACCAAACCAACACCAUUGCAGCCGAUCAAGAGAAGGAGACAAGCACAUGUUCCAAUUAACCGACAUCUGGAGAGUGCUCGUUCAAUGCCUAAGAUUGAAAUGGAUCCAACUCCUAUCGAUUUAAGCACUAACAUAUUUGAGGAAUCCGUAGAGCAGACAGAUAUUGAUUUAGAAAAGGCAGCCGAAAAGGCCGACAGCGCCAUAACCAACUGCUGGAGUGAGCAACAGAUCGAUUUAAGCAGCGAGAACAAUGUGGAGGACAUUGAGAUAUCUCCAGAAAUUGAUAAUUGCCUGAAGAGCUUUACCAGUAACACACCAAGCGAAAUUUACGAUCAACUAGCCGACACAACGGCGAUCUUUGAAAUCUUGCCAAAUUCCUCCAAAGUCGAUAUGGAAAAGGCAGACCUCAUGCUGCUCACCGGCGAAGAGGAGGACAUUCUUGACUACGAAGAGGAUGGAGACAUUGACGAUGAUGUCUUAUCGGUUACGGCUGCAUCUUGGGAUGGCAUGAAUGAAGUGGAGACUAAACCAGAGAUUAUAAAAGCUUCGUUCAGAAACUAUCGCAUACCCCGAGUUAAUACAGAGGCACUGGAGACGCAACAGCCAAUAAUGCCAACGCUGUGCGUCAACGAGGAAAUACUGAAAGAAAAGGAACAGCCGGAGCCAAAGAAGCGGAUAUUAACGAAACGGAAACAAUCAGGGUCUGCUGCGCCGUUGUUUGUACUCGACCAUCAUGAAGUGCCCUCUUCAACAUUACCUUUAGUGCCUGCCCCAAUAAUUCAAUCCCAGUAUGACCAGAAGACAAGCCUAACCCAUACGGCAUACACAAGACCUACAGAGUGCACACCAAUAAUGCACACGUUUACCGGACGGUCAGAGAGGAAUAUAGAAGCGCAAACCAUAUAUUCAAUGCCUCCUACAGGCCUCCUAACGUCUUCAGUACGUAUACCAAUAAUAUACUCAACCAACGACCAGGAAAGGAUACAGCUUCGGGAGAAUGCGCUAGUGCAUAAACAAUACGCAGCGACUUAUCCAGCGUAUUCAGCGCCUGCUCCAAUUGUAACGCAGCUACAGGAUAAAUCCAUGAUGAACCCUGCUGCAACAAUAACGCAAUCGUUUGGCAAUCCACGUGAACAGAUAUUCCCCGCUCGAGAUAUGGCGAAACCUCAACCGAAAAUUGCCCCGCCAUAUCGUUAUUCAGCUGUGAAUAACAAUUCCUUUCGUCCUAGUGAUAAGGAAUGGUUUAGUUGUGAGUACUGGAUGGUGAAUUUAUUUGGAGUCAAGUGCUAUGCAAAUCUAGACGAUGAUUGCACCGCUCAAUGCUGUAACCAUACAUUCACCGGCAUAGGAGAGUUUACACGGAAAGUGAUGAAAUUGGAUGAGCAUAAUCUGUUAUUCACAUAUCACCGAAUAGUAAUGCAUAGUCAGCGUCUCUUUCUCAGAUUUGCUUCGGUUUAUGUGGAUGUAUUUGACUCGAAAAAUAUGCAAAACGACUUGAUGCACUUGCUGAUGGAUUGCCGCUUAUACAAGUCCUUUAGUGCUCCAAUUGUUAGCAAAGUCUUCACUGCCAUGAAAAACAAGGGCUUGGAAACGCAUGCAACGUGUUGCAUUAUGAGUACCUUAUGGGCGCCCAGUAGAGCGCACGAGUUCAGGGAACUGACGUUAAUUAUCUUACAAAUUCUAUCAACCUCCAAUUGGUACACUUAUAGUGAUAGUAUAGUGAAGCUAUGCCAAACACAAGGGUUCCAUUUACCACCUAAUAUACUGAUAACCAUUCUCUCGUCGACGCACGGGAAACAAGAAUUAAAAAACGACGCUUUGAAGCUCUUGUUGGUCUUUCGAGUCGGCUCUGGGGGAUCGAACACAGAGCUUACGAAAGCUAUUGUUAAGUUUAUGGAAGAUAACCCUCAAUGAGAGGUACACCAGCUGGGAACAAUAUAUUUUUAAAAGGCUGUUGAACAGUAGAAUCGAACACAAUCAGUUAUAUGUAUUUCGGUGCGCAAUUAUAAAAUCCCAUCGGACUUGGUAUCAUUACUGUAAUGAUAUUAAAUAUUUCAAUUUAUAAGUUUACAAACA